GAGAGGAGGGAAAAAAAAUUGUUGGGCUGUAAUCUGCAGUGACGCCACUAAUCCCUGAGCUACAAAAAUCACAGCUCGCCGCCCCCGUCCAGCACACGGACGCCCAACGCGCCACAUUCGCCAGCCGCCUCACGCCUGAAACAGACUGAACCGAGUGUGACGAUCGGCAGACAUGGCUGUCGUUAGUGGAACUUACCGCAUGGUGUCCGAGGAGGAGCAGGCACUCCGGGCCAAGCUGGAGCGCCUCACCGUCAAGGACCACGGGCCGGUGUUCGGACCCAGCCCCAGCCUGCCGGACCACACCCGGCAGAAGGCCAAAGACGAGCUGAACGAGACAGACGAGCAGCGCGUUUCUGCGGUCAAGGAGCUGCGGGGGAUGAUCAAGGAGAAGGCGGAUGCGGGUGACGAGCUGGCCAAGGGGGUUCAGGACACUUUUGGGGAGAAGCCCGACAGCCUGCUGGUCCGCUUCAUCCGGGCCAGGAAGUACGAUGUUCCCAGAUCCUUCGAGCUCAUGAAGGGUUACGUCCGAUUCAGGAAAGAAUACCCCGAGCUGUUUGAGAACCUGACGCCCGAGGCGGUGCGCAGCACCAUCGAGGCGGGCUACCCCGGCAUCCUCCAGAGCCGAGACAAGUACGGUCGCGUGGUUCUGCUCUUCAACAUCGAGAACUGGGACUACGAGGAGAUCACCUUCGACGAGAUCCUGCGGGCCUACUGCGUGAUUCUGGAGAAGCUUCUGGAGAACGAGGAGACACAGAUCAACGGCUUCUGCAUCAUCGAGAACUUUAAGGGCUUCACCAUGCAGCAGGCGUCGGGCAUCAAACCCACCGAGCUCAAGAAGAUGGUGGACAUGUUGCAGGACUCGUUCCCGGCCCGUUUCAAAGCUGUGCACUUCAUCCACCAGCCGUGGUACUUUACCACCACUUACAAUGUGGUCAAGCCCCUCAUGAAGAGCAAGCUUCUAGAGAGGGUGUUUGUGCACGGCGACGAGCUGGAGAACUAUUACAAGGAGUUUGACGCUGACAUCCUCCCUGCGGAGUUUGACGGGAAAGCGGCCAAAUACGACGGCAAAGCAACGGCGACCAAGUUGUUCGACUGAAAGCCGGUCGCAUUUACACUCCAUACACUGCUGAGUGGACUUUUUUUUUGUGGCGGGAGGGGGGUCCACACAAAGCCCACACAACCUUGAUGUUACGUUUUUAAGAUAAAAAUUAAAGGAAAUAUUGAACAAGGCCCUGGCACCUUCUUUUAAUAGUGAAUCCUCAAAAUGUUAUGCCAUGCUCUGCCCACAUUCGACGGCAUAGGAAAAAAAAAAAAAGCUCGGCCAUUUAGUAAUGGCUGCUUCAAACCAAAAUGGCGGACAUCCUGUUCCAUUUCAGGCAUGCGUCCUAUCCUGAUAGACAUGUCCUCCAAAGUUGAUUGGUGAAACUGAUGUCAGGGGCUACAUUUUUUCCAACUUUCCAUGAUAUGGAGUUCGGCCCCAAAAUAGCCAACCUACUGUUCCAUUUCAUGCGAGGGGCCUUUUCGUAACUUUUCAGGCCCCUUUUUCACCGAUUUCGCCGCCAAAAUGGAAGGCUUCCUGUUUCAUUUACAGAAUGGGUCCGUGACACUUUUUUAGGCAUCCGGUUAAAAGACAUGUCCACCAAAUCUUGUGUUGAUCUGUGAAACUGGUGUCGGGGGGCUAUAUUUUUUUUCUUUCCAGGACCCUUGUUCAUGGAAUUGACCCAAAAUGACUGCUCCUAACCAAAAUAAAUGACUUCCUGCUCAAUUUCGGUCAUGGGUCCUUGUGACUUCUUCGUGUGUCCUAUCCUGAUAUACAGUACAUGUCCACUCAAUCCCGUGUCAACAGGCGAAACUGAUGUUUUUUCUGAGUCUCCAGGCCCAUUCGUCAUGGAAAGACAGCUUUUCAUUUGUUGGACGAGGGUGUUUAAUUACUCAACUGCAGAUGUGGAAGCCAUCCGUGUCAUCAUAUCCCCUUGAAACAUGUUCGUGGGCUUUGUCGGGACCCACGUUGAACCACCAAACAGUUACUCUUAAAGCAGCAAGUCCAUCCCCCCAUCCGUCCUUGUCCCUUAUUGCCUGCUGUUCUCCGCUAUGAAGUGUUUCCUAUUGUGCUACCUGCUGUACCAACACUGUCAUUUGAUUGUACAAUAAAGUGUAUAUAAACUUCAA